AUGGCCACGCGGUGCUACUCGGCUUUAAAGCUAUUAGUCGAUGGAUGACACUCGUAUCUCCGCUCGUAAUUGCACAAUGCAUCACGAGCAGAACAAGGACAACAAGGUUCCUAGUUUCAAGUAGGCUUUCUUUUCAGAAUUGCGCCUGUGUUGAUCGAAAUUUCUUUUCGCGUCUAUAUUGGGCCGUAUAACCCGACGACAAUAGUGUUUCUCGGUUAUAUCGUUUAGAUUCAGCUUUUGCGCGUGAGCUAAACGGUCUCGAUCCACAAAUCUCAGGUAUCCUUGGAAUUUAUCAUCAAUGAUGCAUAUGUGAGUCGCGCAGCUGAGAUAAGUCCUCGGCAUAGGUUAUGCGUCUACUACAUGAAGCAAACGCCCUGUAUUACUCGGGAGCAUGUUGAUAUAGUCUAGCUCUGCAGAAGAAUUUCUACUACCUCCCUCUUUGGAAAGGAAAUAUGAGUGCAUCUUUUUCAGCAGAUGAAUCUAACGGAGAAUCUCCUUCGUUCUCACGAUAUCUACCAAGUGGACAAUGUGACAAUCACCAUGGGGUUCGCAGUCUAAUGCUUGGACAGUGUCGAGAAAACCUGCCGAACGACGAUGGUAUUACGGAGAUGGCCCAAUCCAGAAUCAUCUGGCCUGACGAGACUGAAAAUUGCUGGAGCGAUGCAGGAACUGCCGAUGCAGUCCUUUCCCUGCUUCGUAAGGAGCCGGUCCAAUCUCCUUCGGGUGACACUUCGAGAAGCAGCAGAGGUAUCCUGGACCAAGCUUAUCUGACUUGUACUGUCUGCCUUAACACCCUCGAGCUGGACUCAUAUCCGGAAUCAUCGAUUACCGCAGGCUGCGACCACUCAUCCAUGCCCGGGACACACAUAUGCAAGAACUGUCUUCAGCGUAGCUUAGAUGCACAAUUCUCUUCUUCAAGGCUGAGCCCAUUGACAUGCCCUCUCUGUCAGCAACAAUUAUCUGACGAGGAAGUCCGAUGGUGGGCUAGCAAAGAGACCUUCGAAGCUUACGACCACACGCGAACCUGGCAAAUAUUAGAAGAGGAUGCCGAGUUCGUCAUGUGUAUUAGGCAAGACUGCGGAUAUGGGCAGCUACAUGCCGGUGGUUUAGAAGACCCGAUUGUCGUCUGUGGUUCAUGCGGGACUCGAACGUGCUUCAUACAUCGGCAUAGCGUCUGGCAUGACGGGUUGACUUGUUCAGAGUAUGAAGAGCUCAUCCACCUCAGAAGUGUCAGUCACGAGGCACGUAGUGAGUUUCAGACGAGCUGUCAAAUGUUUCCCGAGGUCCACGGACUGAAGCAUAAGCCCGCAGAUUGGUCCAUCGAAGAGGACAUGAGUACGCGAGCGAUUUCCGAGACGGCAAGGGCUUGCCCUAGCUGUGAUACGGCCACAGAGAGAACAGGGGGGUGUAAGCAUAUGACAUGUACGUACAUCGCUAUUGAAUAACAUCAUUGUGAUACCAGGGUGACUGACGAUUUUACCGGUAGGUGGAUUAUGCCAGCAGGAAUGGUGUUGGGACUGCGGCAUCCUUUGGCAGCAAGGACACUUCGACACCGAGUGUGUCCUGCCUUUGCGAUGAAUGAGUUGUAUUUGAUCAACUGCGAUAAAGACCUUCUCCAGAGGGUCACAUACCCAAAUUUACCAUUUUCUGCUAGAACCUGUUUGUGAUCAGCUAAUCGACAAUUAGCCGGGACAUCGGCUCAAGUUACAUGACUUUCAUUGGCUAGAAUGAUCACGAGCCCUAAUUUCGUGAUAGCUGUACAUAAGCGUCAUAGAAGCAGUAGAAAUUUG